AUGGGCAUUGAAGCCAAAGUUCUUAGCUUCCGGAUUGAAGGUGCUCAUGGCCAGUACUAUAUUAAUUAUCAGAUUGCCCUGGUUGAGGUGCCUGCUUCUUUGUCGCUUCAUCAGGCUGCUACUUUUGGAGUACCAUUCACCACUGCGCAGAUCUGUUUGCCACGGGCUCGAGGCAAGGAAAAUGAUUUGGUUCUUUUGCUUGGGGCUACCGAGGCGGUUGGAUCUGCGGUUGUGCAGAUGGCCGGCGCAACGGGAUGCAAGCAGGUUUUGACAGCAGCUUGA